AUGCCUUCGUCAGUGAGUGCUCAAGCACCGCAUGAGUCGCCACUGCCCCGAGUGCCAGAUGAAGCAAUGCUUGAGGUAUUCUUGCCUAAGCGGUCGGCGGGGACAGGUGGCGGCGGGGAGGAAAGUCCUUCGAAGACUGCUAGGCUACGCCGUGUUGCAAAUGAGCACUUGGCUGUGAAUGAUGAAGAACUUGAGGUGCCUAGCGAGUGGGAUGAUUUGGGCUUUUCUUCCAAGGGUGAUGAUGUAGCAGCAGACGGUGGUCUCAGUGUAGGCCAGAAGGCAAACACAGUUGAACAUGCGUGGGAUGCAAGCCCAUUGCCUCCUGAGACUGCCCAGCAAGCAGGCAUUUUGUCUGAUGGUGAACUGAAGGCUUUGGAGGCCCAACUGUGGUAUCCUGAAGAGCCCACCUUGAGUCCUGACGAACAAGCCAAGGUUGAUGCCAUUGCAGAUAGGUUUGAGGUGCAAAGGUUGAUUCGCAAGCGAGUUCUCAAGUGUGCCGGGUUGCGAGGUGAAGUGUCAGAAGAAGGUUUCAAGCGCUUGUCAACGAAAUUCGUGAGGACAUGGCGCAAGAAGGUUAAAGGCGGUGUUGAAAUGGUGUUGAGACGGUCAAGAUUAUGUGCACGGGAAUACAAAUGGCUAGAGGCCGACCGCCUUGACAUUUUCAGUCCUGCCAGCAACACUGCCGUGUCGAAGCUGUUGCCGUGGCUGUUUGCUCGGAUGAAGAAUGAGCCUGGUGCUGGUGACGACAAACCAUCGAUGCUCACGCUUGAUGUCAAGGAUGCAUACUUGACGGUGCCGCAGGCUGAGAAGGUCCGAGCAUCCAUGCCCCGUGAUUACAGUGAUAAAUUUGAGUAUGAUUUUGAGAUGUGCAUCCCGGGACAGCGGGACGGGGCUUUGCGCUGGAGAGAGCGUCUGAUCAACUACUUGCGUACCAAGUUUGAGGUGAAAGUGUGUGAAGCCUGCCCAGCAUUGAUUUCGAUUGACGGGCAGAACUGCCUUCUUCAUGUGGACGAUUUGUUCAUUGUAGGCAAGCGAUCGUGGCUGCUCAAACACUUUGUGCCAGCACUUGAGAAGGAGUUUGAAUGCUCAUGGACAAUCGCCUCUGAGGAAGGAGAGAGUGUCAGUUUCUUGAAGCGCGCACAUCGCGUUACCGAGAGUGGCGUGAUUGUUCAAGCACAGAGUGAGUUGAUCCACAAGAUGUGUGAGGUGCUUGGGUUGCAUGAGCGCAAGACUUCAGCUGUUCCAUGUUCGAAAGACAUCCUCAAGGUGUCGGGGAGUAAGCUGCUUGAUGCAGAGGGUGCAAGCACUUUCAGGACCGCCAUAGGGAUUGCAAUGUACUUGUCCAAUGAUAGGGUAGACUGUGCAUUCCCGAUUCGCACCUUGGCGCAGCGGCUCACGGCAUCGAGCGAGGACGACUUGAAAGCAGCACAGAAGUGA